ACCAUACCGACGUCAGUGACUGGGCUUUACCGUGAAGAUGGCGGAGGCUGCCGCGACACCACAACACCGGUUUUUCUGUCAUUGCUGUAAAUGUGAAAUAGACCCCAAACUCCCGGAUUUCAUCUGCCCCAGGUGUGAGUCUGGCUUCAUUGAGGAGGUGACAGAAGACUCCAGUUUCCUGGAGGACAGUUCCACAGUGCCCAGUGAAGAUUCAAAUACGCUCUUCUCAGAAUUAUGGCAGCUGCUGUUUAUGGAGCGCUCGGCGCUGCUGUCGCAUCCCCCCGCCUCAGAGUCCAGCCCAGAUGCCGGAGAGCAGGUACCUGCAGGUCAAGCCUGUCCUCCUCAGCCAUCAUCGGGGGAACCAGAGUCUCCCUCCCUGCCUGGACGGGACAGGAGGUCAUCCCGGCCUGAGCAGAUGCCUGCAGUGGAAGGGAUUGUGCAGCAGUUCUUGGCUGGCCUAUUUGCCAACAAUGGAAACCCGGGCGCCGCACCAGCUUCUCUGUCUAGCAUGCUACAGUUGCACUCAAACCCCGGGGACUAUGCGUGGGGUCAGGGAGGUCUGGACGCUGUCAUCACAGAGCUGUUGGGACAGUUGGAGAGCACAGGUCCACCCCCUGCAGAGAAGGAGAUGAUCUCAUCCCUGCCCACAGUUUGUGUCUCUCAAGAGCAGACAGACUGCAGACUGGAGUGUCCGGUGUGUAGGGAGGAGUAUUCAUUAGGGGAAUCUGUCAGACAGCUACCCUGCCUCCAUUAUUUCCACAAUGAUUGUAUAGUGCCUUGGCUUGAACUCCAUGAUACCUGUCCAGUGUGCCGUAAAAGCCUCGAUGGCGUCGACAACAGCCUCCCUCCCACAUCAGAGCCGCCAGAUCACCGCUCCAUCAGGACAGAGCAGCAGGAGAGGCAGGCGAUCUGAGAAACAGGGCCGACGGAUUCUCCCUCCGUCUCUGUCUUCCAAGAGGCUCACCGCCGCAGACCUCAUCUUUCACCCCACGUCGACUGCUUGUUUAAUAAAAUGAUAGAUCACGUCAUGCAUCAUGAUCAUAACUUGUGGCUUUAACUCUCAGACCCACUCGAUUUACUCUGCCAAAGAACUUUGUUUUCUACUCCAGUGCUGCCUCUUGAGUUACACUACACAGAAAUGGACGCGACAUUUUGCUGACAGGAUGUUGUUGGAAGUGUUGUGUCCUUCUCGCUACGCUGGCCUCUUAUGUGGUUUUCUGAAUGACUGACGCAGCUGUCAUGAACUUAUAACUGCUGAGCUGCCGGUGAUUCUCAAAAAUGAUGGGAAUUCACAGAUUUAUGAAGUAAC